AUGGACCAGGCCAGUAACCCCUUCAGAGUUGAGCAGCAAUCAGCAGGCAUCAAAUGGCUUCCAAUGUCCCCUUUGCCUUCGCGCCGAGUCUGUCGCUAUCCCAACUUGACAACGCCGAGGUUGGGUCUUAUCCCGACCAUCGCCAUGCCUAACAUCCGAUGCACGGCCUCUGCAAAGCAUUCUUGCACCUUAUGA